UCUAAAAAAUACCCACUUGUUCAAUUCAUCUGGGUAAUCAAAAAGUUUGAAACUUUAGCUGAAAAUUGUGAAGAAUUAUCAUUAUUUAUAAUAAUUAUGGGGAGAGGAAGAGUGGAAUUGAAAAGAAUUGAGAAUAAAAUAAAUAGGCAAGUAACUUUUGCAAAAAGAAGAAAUGGGCUGCUUAAAAAAGCUUAUGAACUCUCUGUUCUUUGUGAUGCUGAAGUUGCUCUUAUCAUCUUCUCAAAUAGAGGAAAGCUUUAUGAGUUUUGCAGCACUUCCAACAUGCUCAAGAUGCUCGAAAGGUAUCAGAAUUGCACUUAUAGUUCCAUGGAAGUAAAUCGAACAGCCAAUGAUGCCGAGCAAAGCAGCUAUAAGGAGUACAUGAAACUGAAAGCUAAAUAUGAAUCUCUACAACAAUACCAAAGGCAACUUUUUGGAGAAGAUCUAGGGCCGCUGAAUCUGAAAGAACUUGAGCAAUUAGAGCGCCAACUUGACUCUACUCUAAGGCAAAUCCGGUCCAUAAGGACCCAAUCAAUGCUCGAUCGCCUCUCCGAUCUUCAAGUUAAGGAAAGGAUGUGGCUAGAAGCUAAUAAAGCUUUGCAGAAUAAACUAGAGGAAUUCUAUGCCGAAAAUCAGGCAGGACCAUCAUGGGCAGGAGGUGAAAAUGGUACAUAUGAGCAACACCAUCAACACCAGGAACAACAUGAUCAAGGCUUCUUCCAGCCUCUAGACUGCAACUCCAAUUUGCAAAUUGGGUAUAAUACAAUAAGUUCAAACCAGAUAGCAGCAUCAACAAGUGGACAGAAUGUCAAUGGAAUAGUCCCUGGAUGGAUGCUUUGACUUUGACAAAGUCAAUUAAGCUGGAAAAACUGGUCAACAAACCCUCCCCCUCUUUUUUGGUGAUAUAAGAUCUUCAAUAAAUUUCGUCUCUAAUAAUUUUGGCUUGAAUUAUGGGAACAUGUAAGAACCUAGCUACCAAUGAAAGACAAAAAUGAACAACCUUUUUUUUU